CGUCGGGAGCCGGGGAGGCCAGAGGGCGAGCCUCCGAGCGCUGCGCCCCGAGGCUGGGCCCCAAGCGGGUGCCUCCUUUCGGCCGCGCACGGCCCCCCUCCCGGCGCAGGGGCAGGCCGGGGCGGGGGGCCCCCGGAGCCGAGGCGGCCUCGGCCCCGUCGGGGAGACCAGGGGGCGACCAGGGCGGAGCGAUGCCGAGCGGCGGCAGCGGCCCCGGUCGGGGCCCGUGACCAUGGGCAUCGCCGAGUCCACCCUGGACGAGCUGCCGUCGGACGCGGAGGAGCAGCUGCGCCACGGCGAGCAGCAGCUGGAGCUGAGCGGGCGGCGGCUGCGGCGGCUGCCCAGCGCCGUGUGCACGCUGAGCCGCCUGGAGAAGCUGUACGUGAGCGGCACGGGGCUGCGCGAGCUGCCGGAGGAGAUCGAGGAGCUGCGCGAGCUGCGCAUCCUGGCGCUGGACUUCAACAAGCUGGAGCGCCUGCCCGACGGCCUGUGCCGCCUGCCGCGCCUCGCGCGCCUCUACCUGGGCGGCAACCGGCUGCUGGCGCUGCCCGGCGACUUCGCCCAGCUGCAGAGCCUGCGCUGCCUCUGGAUCGAGGGCAACUUCCUGCGGCGCUUCCCGCGGCCGCUGCUGCGCCUGGGGGCGCUCCAGUCGCUGCAGAUGGGCGACAACCGGCUGCGCGCGCUGCCCGCCGACCUGCCGCGCAUGACGGGCCUGCGUGGCCUCUGGCUCUACGGCAACCGCUUCGAGGAGUUCCCUCCCCCGCUGCUGCGCAUGGGCCGCCUGCACAUCCUCGACCUGGACCGCAACCGCCUGGGCGGCUUCCCGGACCUGCGCCCGCUGCGCUCCCUGCGCGUCUUCUCCUACGACCACAACCCGGUCACCGGGCCGCCGCGCGUCGCCGACACCGUCUUCCUCGUGGGCGAGGGCGCCGUGGAGCGCAUGGCCGAGCGCGACGAGCCCGUCCCCCGGCGGCCACCCCGGCGGCCGGCGCGGGCCUUCGAGGAUGACGAGGAAGAGGACCUGCUCAUCGGGGGCGGGGGCUCCCGGGCCCUGGGGCCCCCGGGGGGCAGCCUGCGCACCCUGGACGCCGCUCCAGGACUGGGCACCUGAGCCUGUCCUCUGGGUGAUGGACUUCGGCCGCCCUGGGAGGAGGGGCUCCGGGGAGCUCCGUGGGAGCGGUGGGCAGAGCAGGGGCCACUUUGGGGGAGAUGCCGGGAACAGGCAGGCCUGGGGGCCAUCUUCAGACAGUCCUGGGCAGUCGUCAGACCAGGAAGCACCGGCUCCAGCCAGCCCCCCGUAUCUGUGUGGGGCCCCCCGCGAGCGGCACUGACAACACAACAGAGAGGCCAGCUUCCUCCGGAAACGGGGCCACUGCUGUCGGAGGAGCCAGCACCCGGCGGAGUGUGGACGCCCAGGUGCCCACCGCCUCCCGCCUCCUGGGGGUUGGCUCUCCCAGGCCCGCCGUCUGGCGCAGCAGCCCCUGCCUCUGGAAGGGCCUCUGCUGCGAGGCAGGCCUGCCCUGGGAGGAGGGCCUGGCCGGGGCCGAGGCCUGCAGGGGCCGGUGCCCAGGACAGAAGUGGGAAACCGGGAUUGGGGCCCCCACACCGCAGCUGCCCUCGCCCCUCCACCGGGGCGCAUUGGACAUCCCUCCCUCCCCAUCCCUCCCCCCCCAAUUUGUUUGGGGAAGGGGGGCUCAGGAGGCCGGGUCUGCUCCUCGCCUUGUAUCCAGUUCUCUCCUCCCAGCUCGUGCCUGGAAUCUGGCAGCGAAAGAAGCCUCUCCUCCCUCCCCCGCCCGAGCCUCCCAGCUGUCAAGGUUGACAAGCAGCCACUCCGCCUGCAGGCCUCCUGCACAGAGAGCUGCGCGGGGCUGGGGAGGCGGCCCAGGCCUUUCCCACUGCCUGCACUCUCCAUUCCCUUAAAUGGGCACAGCCAGGGCGGCUGGCACGGCGCGGGGCACGGGACAGCGCUGUGUGCCUCUACUCCGUCACCAGGGACAGCCUCAAGUGGGUGAGGAGGGGCCUCCCUCCCAUUCCCGGGGCCAGAUCUUUCCCAUCCGAGCAAUAAUGGGCGGGGCGGGCGGGGCCAGGGACACUCAGGGACACGGUCGGGGCCGGGGCCCCACGUGGUGGUGGUGGUUUCUUUAGGAAGAGGAAGAAAAACUGGCUGCAAGCAAAUUACAUUUC